AUCUGGGCCUCGGCGCAUGCGCAGAGGGGCAGGGCCGGUGUACGGUGGCCGAGCGGGGCCGUUCCGCGCUCGCCUUUUGUCCGGCGGCGGCCGGAGCCCAGCAGCAGGACACGGAGCUGGAUCCACCCCAGCACAGCAAAAUGGGCUCCAAGCAGAUCGCCCAGGAGACGUUCGACGAUGCCGUGCAGGAGAACAUCACCGAGUUUGAGAUGGACCCCGAGGAGGCUGUGAGAGAAGCUGUGCAGCAGUUUGAGUCCCAAGGUGUGGACCUGAGCAAUAUUGUGAAAGCUGUGCGACCUCCUGCCUCUGAGAACGGACAGAGGCAAAAGCAUCAAAUCCUGCAGACCCUGGACUCGCUGAGCAGAGCCGUGGCAGAGCUGGAUGAGGCCGAGCUGCCCCGGCUGCUCUCGGCCCUGGCGGCGCAGUGCAAGGAGCAGCUCGCCUUCCGCCACCUGGCCGGCCAGAACGGCGCCUACCCCGUGCUGCUCUCAGCCUGCCAGCUGGCUGCAGGAGACAGGAAUUUACUGCUGCAAGCCUUCUCCACGCUGUCUGCCCUGCUGGAUGGACAGCCCGACCUGCUGGAUGCUGCUGGGCAGGAGCUGCUGCUGCAGAGCCUGCGGGAGCGCGGCGAGGACGCGGAGCUGGCGCUGGCCGGGAUCCGCUGUGUCAGGCACGCCUGCCUCAAGCACGAGCACAACAGGCAGGACUUUGUCAAGGGUGGCAUCCUCCCUGUCCUCACCGGGGCCAUCACCCGGCACGGGGACAGCGCUGACGUGGUCAGGACGGCGGCCUCGGCGCUCAGGGUCAUGACGUUCGACGAUGACAUCCGAGUGCCCUUCGGGCACGCCCACGACCACGCCAAGAUGAUCGUGCUGGAGAACGAUGGCUUGAGAGUGCUCAUCGAGGCUGCUAAAGCCUUCAGGGGUAACUCAGGAGUUCUCAGCGAGCUCUGUGCCACCCUGGCCCGUCUCUCAGUCAGGAAUGAGUUCUGCCAGGAGAUUGUGGACCUGGGGGGUCUGAGCCUCAUGGUGACCCUGCUGGCUGACUGCAUGGAGCACCCGGACGUGGUGAAGCAGGUGCUCAGCGCCCUCCGCGCCGUGGCCGGCAAUGACAACGUCAAAGACGCCAUCGUGGCCGCCGGGGCCACCGAGCUGAUCGUGCUGGCCAUCAGCCACCACCUGGGCAACCCUCAGAUCUGUGAGCAGGGCUGUGCUGCCCUGUGCAUGCUGGCCCUGCGCAAACCCGAGAACUGCAGCGUCAUCAUGGAGGGCGGCGGGGCCCUGGCGGCUCUGCAGGCCAUGAAGGCUCAUCCCCGAGAGGUGGCUGUGCAGAAGCAGGCCUGCAUGCUGAUCCGGAACCUGGUGUCGCGCAGCCGGGACCUGUCCCAGCCCAUCCUGGCCAUGGGGGCCGAGCCGCUCAUCAGCGAGGCCCGAGCUGCUCACAGGGACUGCGACGACGUGGCCAGGGCUGCCCUCAGGGACCUGGGCUGCAAGGUGGAGCUGCGGGAGCUCUGGACCGGCCACAAGGGGAGCCUGGCUCAGUGACUCCUCCUCUCACCGAUCUGAGCCACCUCUGGAACCUACAAACAACAGCAUUGCUGCCCAGCUGGAAAUGGGAGAGCCUGCAGGGAAUUUUUUUUUCUUUUUUUCCCCCCUCGGGAGCUACAGCUGAAAUGGCUUUUCUGCAUUCACAGGCUGCAAAACCAACUGUGUGUAGUGAUCAUUCCUUGGGUCAUCUCAUGGCUGAAGGUGCUCUGCUCCCCCCAGGGCUGUUUGUGCUGCUCUGCUCCCCGUGGUGACAGCAGGAGUGGCUCUCUCCUCGCACAGUUUGGCUGCUGGCUCCCGUUUGUCAGGGGCUGGAUGAGGAGGAAUCCCCCAGUUUGUGGAUGUGCUGUCCCUGUCCCAUUCCCCUCUUCUUUUACUCUUGUGUCGCCGCUUUGUCUGGGAUUUUUUUCCGCCAGCAUAAAAAAACCAACAACAGAAAAAAAAACAAAGUAAGGAUUUGGGAUGAUAUCCAAAGGAACUGCUGGAAUCCAGGAGGAAAGUUCAUGUUGUUCUUCAGAGCGAGGAGCAGGGCAGGGACUGGCAGUGGGGGUGGGAAUUCCAGAGUGGCUGCAGGAAUCCCAGCCCUGGAUCCAGGAACGCUUCCAUUGUAGUGAAGAGGCCGAGAACCUCACGGACUUGAGGCAAAACUCUGGAUUUGUGGGCAAAGCAAGGCCCAGAAAGGCUCUGAAGUCUCAGCUCAAGGUUUUUGUGCCAGCCCUGCUCUGGUGCUGAGCCUUCCUCCUCCUCCUCCUGCGCCGCUGCCGCCGCUGUUUUUGUGAGUGGAUGUUUUUAAUGUGAUAUUCUCUGUAGAAAUGGUGACCUUAUAAAACAUACAAACCUUC